UCUUCUCCAUUUUGUUUGCUUGGCCCCAAACCUCCUCCGGCCACGGGGAAUCACCGAUUCCGACCUCAAACCGUCUGGCAAGCCAAGUUCAAAGUCGCCGUUUCCUAGUUCCCAACGAGCGGGGCAGUCUAGGACACGUGCACGAAGAUUGCCACAACUCACUCAGCAAUCUGCUCCUCACGAAGGAUAAAGAAUCCAAUGGCAUGCCUGACGGGAGCAGGCAACCCGGGCCGAUGCAGAUCUGGAUCCGACUUUGGGGUCUUCAUUUCUUAGUCGACAAUACACGGCGUCGUCCACGUGAAACACUCUUCAACUUUUCAGAAGAUGGAAAUGGAACUCCGUGCGGGCGGGUGAGGCCCUCAUUCAUCGACGAAUCCCCUCCUCCCUCCGCGACGCGACGCGGCGUGACGUUUGACGCUACAUCUUUGGGAGGUCCGAGCGGCCCGCUCGGCUUCCUUUCUCCACGAAGCACUCGAGUCGGCAAACGUCUAGAGCGCCAGGUGACAAAAUCCGCAGCUUGCCAGCCAAGCGCGCGUUUGGACAGAGAGCCGGCCGGGUGAGCGUCUUCGCCGGGCCGCGCCGCCCGGCGCCGGUGCCCCCCCACCAGCCCGCCCACACACUCUCUCUCUCUCGAUCGCCGUCAUCGCGCUCGGAGCACGGGCCAUGGACGGCUACGGCUCCCCGUACCUGUACGUGGGCGCGCCGGCCCCGCGGGCGCCCCUCCAGCGGACCCCCAAGUGCGCGCGGUGCCGCAACCACGGCGUGCUGUCGUGGCUCAAGGGCCACAAGCGCUACUGCCGCUUCAAGGACUGCGCCUGCGACAAGUGCAUCCUCAUCGUGGAGCGCCAGCGCGUCAUGGCCGCCCAGGUGGCGCUGCGCCGCCAGCAGGCCCACGAGAGCCUGGACGGCCUGCUGCCUGAGGCCCUGAGGGUGGGCCCCGCCGCCGAGGGGGCCCCCGCCGGCGGCUGGAGGACUGCGCGCCAGGACAAGAGAGCGGAAGGUCCGGAGGAGGGCGGCGGGGACGCGUCCGGGCCCGAGACCGGCGGCAGCCCCGGGGAGCGGGACCGAGACCCAGACGCGGCCAGUUCCCCGGAAGCAAACUCCCACGGCACCCCGGAGCCGCGGGAGAAGGGGGCCCCGGCCGCCGAGAGCCCCCGGAGGAGCCCCGCCAGUCCACCGGGGGAGGGUCCGGCCGGCCCCGUCGACCCGCCGCCCUUCGGCCUCGGAGCCAAGCGACCCCCGCUGGAGGUCCUGAAGAAGAUCUUCCCGGGCCACCAGGCGCCCGUUCUGGAGCUCAUCCUGCGGGGCUGCGGGGGCGACCUGGUGGGCGCCAUCGAGGCGCUGCUGUCCAGCCGGGGCCCGGAGGGAGGCGCGCGGCCCCGCCCCGACCCCCCGUGCGCUUCGGAGCACGGCCCGGGCCCAUUCCGGCCAGCGCCGCCCCCCGCCAAGUGGUCGGCGGGCUCGGCCUUCAGGGUGCCGGACUCGCUGCGCUUCGCGUCCGAGUCGCCCCCGCUGGGCGUCCUGGGGGUGCCCUUGCGGCAGCCGCGCUACCCGCUGGUACUGAGCAACUCCCUGAGCCGGGGAGCGGCCGGCGCCCUGCUGCCCAACGACGUGACGCUGUGGAACACGGUGGCCCUGCAGCAGCAGUACCGCCUGCGCUCCGCCGCCGCCGCCGCCCAAUACGCGGCGCCCUUCGGCCCGACCGUUGCCCCGGGGGGGUCGGCCUUCCGGGGGGCCUCGCUCUUCCAUCGGCACCACGCCGGAGUCGCCGAGGAGCCCCGCGGCGACCACCGGGACGGGGGCGGGCCCUACUCGCCCGACGACGACUACGAGGAGCGCUCGGAUUCGGCCGACUCGCGCAUCUUGAACUAGAACGCUUUGGGCUCCGUCUGGACAAACGCCGACGUGAACGCGCGUUCACGUCUCCUUCCUGUCAGCAUGUCGUCGUGAUUGUGAGCAUGCGUUGAGUGUGACUAAUAAACGAGAAACGGUGGCGAUGGAAAGCGCGUCAAA